UGAGCUCGCCUUGAACGCAAUUCCAGAGCUGAAGUCAUUCCCGAUGUGUUCAUCUGUUUGCCAACCCGCUGUUUUAGUGGUCACUGGGACACACUGGAUUUAUUUUGCUGCUGCUGUUUGUGCCGUUACUGUUUUUGCAUCGUCCUCCGCUGACUCAGCCGUUACUUUUGUGCGCCGUGACGGCAGUGCGGUGGUUGCCCCCGAAUUUGUGUCGCCGUGGUGAGUGGACUGAAGUCUCUUUCGCGGUCGGCUUUAGCCGUUGACGUGCGACGAGACAACGACGGUGGCGGCAUGUGCAGUGCCGGUGAUAGAUGUGUGUGGGUGACCCGGCGGCCACGCCAUCGGAGUGCUGCAUUGUUUGGAGUAGUACUGCUGCUCGGAUGUUGGUCCCAACAGGUCGGCGCCCGGUACCAGGCAGUCACAGCCGAAGCGCAGACGGUGACGGCGCUGGAAGGCAGCCAGGUGCAACUGAGCUGUGACAUAAGUGCUCCGGGCAUUGGUGACUUUCCGGUGCGCAUCCGCUGGUUCAAGGACUCCGGCCCUAACCCCGUGUACAGCGUAGACGUCAAUCCGAGGACGGGGAGCCUGUCGCAGAUCCGCCAGAGUGCGCAGCGCAGUAGCUUGCAGGGUCGUGCAUACUUUUCGGUCAUCCAGACUCCCGCUGUGCUCAGCGUCGACCGGCUUCGGCACGCCGACAAUGGGUCCUAUGUGUGCGCCGUGGACUUCAAAAAAGACUGGACACGAAAACUCAUGACGCACCUCAUCGUUAUCGUGCCUCCGAAGCGUCCCGUCAUUAUGGAUGAAAAUGGCACAAAAAUUGACAACAUCACAAGGCCGUACCUGGAGGGUGAAGACCUCACUCUCACAUGCGACGUGUACGACGGCCAACCAGAGCCCGUGGUGACAUGGUGGCGUGGCUCGGAGCUUCUACAGCAAGCGCUGAGCCGAACUGCAGGUGGGCACCCACGCGCAACGCUGUUCCGCCUGCGGCUUACGCGAGCCGACUACCAGGCGCGACUGACCUGCCGCGCAACCAACAGCAACAUUACGCAGCCCGUGGCAACCACCAUCGUGGUCAACAUGCACCUGAAACCGGUCUCGGUUGAGAUCAAGGGACCCCGUGGACCACUGUCGGCAGAGCUACCCGCGCAGGUCAUCUGCCAGGUGAAUGGCUCCCGACCAGAGGCGCUCGUUCGCUGGUUUCUGGGACCGUAUCAGUUGAACGACACUGAGACGCACGUCAUCUCGCCAAACACCACUUUGGGAGUGCUAAACUUUGUGCCGGGAGACCGAGACCACGGCGCACGGCUCCGCUGCCUCGCCUCCAACUCGGCGAUUGGCGGAGCGCAAGGCAGCACAUCGGCACCACUGGAGGACUCCUGGAUACUCGACGUACACUACAAGCCGUUGGUGCAGCUGCGGUUCGGCAGCGGCCUCAGCCCGUCCAACAUCCACGAGGGCAUCGACAUCUACUUCGAGUGCAGCGUGCGCUCAAACCCACCGGUGAGCGAGGUGUCGUGGACCUUCGAUGGUCGAGACCUCCACACCGACGGUUCCCGUGGCGUCAUCGUCAGCAACCAGUCGCUGGCGCUUCGCUCUGUCAACCGUACCAACAGUGGAUUCUACGCCUGCCACGCUGCCAACUCGGAAGGUGAAGCCGAAAGCAACCGUCUCCGGCUCAGGGUUCUACAUUCGCCGGUGUGUCAGUCGGGCCACCGGCAACACUCGCACUCGGUGGCGAAGCACGACACAGUGGAGGUGGAAUGCGACGUGGAGGCUGAUCCGAGCAACGUCACCUUCUCCUGGACAUUCCACCAGGCGCACCGCACCGCUCCGCUGUCUCCGAAUGCCAGCUUCUCGACGCCACCGGGGGCCCCGCUGCGCUCGGUGCUGCGCUACACACCGCGUUCGGACGCCGACUACGGCACGCUCUACUGUCGCGCUCGCAACGCCGUCGGCGACAGCCUCGAGCCUUGCAUCUUUCAGAUACAUCCUGUCGGCCCUCCAGUGACGCCGUACAACUGCAGCGUGGAGGAAGUGACGUCAGAAGGCGUGCACGUCGUGUGCCAGCGCAGCGGUGCGGGCCAACAGCAGACUUUUCUGUUAGAGCUGCAGGAUGGUCAGAGCACGCCCAUCGUGACAAAUUUCACGUCCGGCCAGCCAAGUUUCAGAGUUCACUCGCUGAGGCCGGCAACGCGCUACCAGAUGGCGCUGUACGGCAUCAACGCCAAUGGCCGCAGCGAGCCCGUCCAUUUGACCGUGUUCACGCUGCCGGUGGGCAGGGGACUGAUCAGCAAAGCAGACGCAGAGUGGUCCCUAGGGUCUACCACGCUGUGGGCAGCUGCGCUGAGCGCCGUGGCUGCCUUUCUUAUCGUAUUCAUCGCACUAACGCUGGGCAAGUUCAGGCGGAAGAUCCACUUCAAUCGAGAGAGUGCAACCACGUCCCGCACGAUUUGGUCGAAGGAAACCUGGACUUGGGGACGGAACUCAUGGCAUUCGACCCGCCGGCAAUGAUCACGUUCAAGGAUCCCCUCUCAAUGAAACCCGCGCUGAACGGCACCAACGGUACAAUCCUGGGUCUGACGUCACAGCCGAAGGGUCUAGUUGCAUCGCCGUCCUAAACAGCGAGAUCGACGGCCAUGGCGCCAAGAGGUGGCGUCGCUUCGUUCAUCGCAGCUGCGUGGUGGCGUUCACUCGUCAGAGCACGUGACUUCCGCGAUCUCGAUACUUCACUGUUGCCGUCGCGCCGGUGAUGAGAAGAAAAAAAAAGCGUGUGCUCUACCUUCCCGUCGUCGUCGUCUUCAACGCAACUCGAAUGCUCAACGUGGGAGAAUGAAAUGGGUCGUGGCGUCGAGCACGAUGCCGCGAGACUCCGAAGACACGACGCGGAGGAGUGGACACCACCCAUUGUUAUCCCCGCAAAUGAUGAGACUGCUGUUCCGACUCGUAAUUCCCAGUGACAUCACUGCUACGUUUUUCGUGGCGCCGAUUAUCAACAUUUUGUCCAUUAUUCUUGAACUGUGCUUCUUUAUGUGUGAAGGAGGGUAUACAUAAAAUAUUAAGGUGCGCCAAUGAGAGGAGAUCGAGCGGCGCCUGUCGGGGGGAUGGCUUUACACACUUGACGGGCGGACUUGUAUAGUUCGGCCGAUUCUAUUUUUGACCCGGAAGUCGUCAUCAAAUGCUAAGGGCAGUCUGGAUAACUGCUGGAGCUUACGCACUAAGGGCAGCGCCUUGAGUGUGCGAUGCGACGAGCCGCGCCGUUACGCGAGUGUUUCCGGCCAGUUGCUUGCUGCUCUAAUUAUAGCUCAAGCUUUAGCUCCUACAAUAGCCGUGCGCGGAAGCUUGUGCGUGGUUACGGGCGGCGUCCUAUGUUCGCUUCCUUUGGUGUUGUGAAGCACAUGAUGUCACCUGAAGACACAGUCAUCGAUCCAUCGCCCAGCCACUGCGAGGGUAGUCCACACCAUAGAGUUCAUUUACACUUCUCUUAGCGUUCCACGGUUCAGUACUAUUUGACGUUAUUCACUGAUUUGUCAGCUCACGAUGAUUUUGAUUUGGUUGUCAUGGACAUUAUCGUGAAAUACUUAAAUACCUUAAGUGUGGUGGCCACUGAUAAUUGAGUUAACUCUCGCGUCAUUCAUGGCGCUGACUCUCAUUGCAUGUGAAAGAGCAUGAAAAAGAGACGGGGGCGCUUGUUGGUAUCCAGUUGUACUAACCUUAAGAAAAAGAGAUAUGUUAUAAGCCUCGAAAUUUAAAACAAAACAAAGUUCGUAGAAAGAGGCUUAGACUUAUAAGGGAAGGCAUCCUAAUCAAUCUUUCUACAGGCAGGCUUGUUUCCGUCAGGACAGCAGUGGGGUCUUUGGAUGAGCAUCGGGAAAAAACGCGUAAAGUAGACUUCGUUCGGCUCAUCAAGAUGCGGAGCAGUUCCACUCACUUACCAAAUCAAGCUCUAUCAGGUGACUGCACUGAGGUUUGCUUUCGCGGCGCAAUUUUUCGUACAAUGCGUCGUCAUGGGCUCAAAGAUAUUCGCGUUGUAAACCGUUUAGGUGAGGUGAUGCACGUCUACAAAAAAAAAAAAAAAAAUAAGUGGUUUGCUCCUCAAUCACAACAAUGAAACGUAUUUUUGUCCCGUGUGCUCUUUGCCUUCUGAUCAUCUGACACCACCUUUCCUACUCCGUCUUUUUAUUUCUUUCCUUUUGCAUCACGCUUCGUUUACUUGAAGCCAUCAUCGCUGGAGAGAGCCUACCACUGCGCUUGGUCACAACUAGGACGACGUCCAGAAGUGCUCCGUCUAAAGACGGCGUUCUUAAAAGGGAACGACAUUGUGGAAAAUCAGUGCGCGCUCGCUUCGUGCGAGACUCUGCUGGCAGACGCGGCCAGUAAGCUGUGCGUGUGACUUGUACAUAACUAUCGGCGGGCGUCGCAGCCGGCAGUGACGGAGGGUGCGUGACUGGGAGUGCGUGCGUGCAUGUGUGUGUUCGUGUAUCUGCGUGCGACCAUCUGCGUGGGUUACCCUGUUGUGAGUGUGCGCGAGUGUUUCCUUGUCUGUGGGACCAAACCUGAUGGAGAGAUUUGCUGCCGUUGCCAUGCGCACUGAAGGUUUCGUCGUUGAAAUUGGUGACGCGAUUGUUUUACAAUAAACCAGUCAUCCGCUGCUCU